AUGCUGCGCUCGCCGCCGCCGGAAGCGCGUCACUCCCCUCGCACGCGGUCUGGCGCGGCGGCAAGGGCGCGCAGGCGCAGAGCGGCGGGGCGCUGUCUCCUAGCAACAGGGCACGGCGCUGCCCACCGGCCCCCACCCGCACGACGUCGCCCUGACGGCGCCCUGUGUCCGCAGGAGAUCCGGAAGGUGGUGCAGGCGCUGGAGCAGACGGCCCGGGAGAUCCUGACGCUGCUGCAGGGCGUGCACCAGGGAGCCGGCUUCCAGGACAUACCAAAGAAAUGUCAGAAGGCUCGUGAACACUUUGGUACAGUGAGAACCCAGCUGGAAUCCCUGAAGACCAAGUUUCCUGCUGAUCAGUAUUACAGAUUUCAUGAGCACUGGAGGUUUGUGCUUCAGCGGUUGGUGUUUCUGGCAGCAUUUGUAGUCUACUUGGAGUCAGAAACGUUAGUGACCCGAGAAGCUGUCGCAGAAAUACUUGGGAUUGAAGCUGAUCGAGAGCGGGGUUUUCACCUGGACAUUGAAGACUAUCUUUCUGGUGUAUUAACUCUCGCCAGUGAGCUGGCCAGACUGGCAGUGAACAGUGUCACGGCUGGUGACUAUUCUCGCCCUCUCCGCAUCUCAACUUUUAUCAAUGAGCUGGAUUCUGGCUUCCGUCUCCUCAACCUGAAGAACGACUCCCUGAGGAAACGUUAUGAUGGCCUGAAAUACGACGUCAAGAAAAUUGAGGAAGUGGUUUACGACCUGUCGAUCAGAGGACUCAAUAAGGAGGCAACAGUUGGUGUGGGUGGAGAGAAAUGAAAGAUGCCUAUUUUAACAGCAUCAUUGAUUACCUCAGAUGGUUGCCAAUUUAGGAAGCAUGCUAGCGAAGCCUUCCUACAGUAGUUUAGAAGAACUGCAGCUGAAAGCUGCUCUCUAUUUUCUUACAAAAGGUGUAGUACGGGUGUUAGAUCUCAAAAUGUUUUGUAAAAUCAUGUCUAGAUUAGGGCAGGAGGCUCUGUUUCCAGUGGAAUUCCUCUGUCAAAACACACAGUGCCGUUCUGUGCACAGCAGCAAUAGCAGUCAGUAACUCCCAUGAGCUGAAAUUCUCAUUAGUUCUGUAGUGUUGCUUCACUGCUCUGGCAGUGAUGUGCUUCAGCUGUCUCUGUUCAUGCACCUUUAAAGAUGUGUGCACAGAUGCAGCUCAGUGCAGAUACAUGUGAAGUUUUAGAAAACACAAUGUGUAAAUAUCUAUACAUUUUUUAAGACACUGAUUUUUUUUUGGCUUUUUGUUUCUUAAAUUAUCACCUAUGUCAGUAAGUUGAACAGAUUUGUGUAACUGUUUAUUAACCAGACCUUUUUAAAUGGCUUCUGUUAAUGUAUCCCCCUUAAUUGAGAAAUUAGUGAAAAUAUUCCUGAGAAUUUCUCCAUUGGAACUGGUGUAUUGCACCUGGGCACACCUCUCGCUUUCUCUCUCCCCCCCCCCUCCCUUUUUUUUUUUACACCCCCUUUCCUUUCUUCCAAGAUUUCUGUUGCCAGAGAGAGCAAGGUUUUCUCAAACAUUUGCUUUCACUGGCUGGUAUUUGUUUUACUGACAUGAGUAAAUGUUGAGUUUUAAUAUGAUCAUUUGCCUUGAGAACUCGGUAUAACCAAUUUUUUUUUUUUAACUACCAAGGUUUCCGAAUAGAGAAGUGUUAGCUGAUAAACUGUAGGUAUUGUCUAAGUUUUAACAACCUAUAUAGGCCACAACUGUACCUGUGUCCUGGGUUUAAAAAAAAAAA